AUGUUGAACAUCAGUGAGAUGCUGCUCCAGCCCCAUCAGGGCGACCGUGUUCUGCAGCCACUCUGGAAUUAUUUGCUUUUCCGACAUCUGCCUCUCAUCUCUUCUCCAUUUUUCCCUGUCCUGCUCGCCGCCUCCUGCUAUUUCAUCUGCAGCAUACCUUUUGCUGCACUGGACCUCUUGGGAGAAAGAGUGCCUUUGUUCUAUCAGUACAAGAUCCAAGCAGGCAGGCAGCCAACAGUGGGAAUGAUGCUCAAGAGCUUAAUGACAGCGCUUUAUAACCACAUAUUCUUUGUUCUGCCAGCUGUAAUAAUGACCAUGUGCAUACUGCCUACACCAAUACUGCCCCAGGAUGCUCCUACCCUGUAUGAGGUAUUCAUUGACGGACUGGCAAUACUUCUCCUUUUUGACACACAGUACUACAUUUGGCAUUUCGUACAUCACAAGCAACCGCAGCUUUACAGGUGGAUUCAUUCAGUCCACCAUGAAUACAUGGCACCUUUCUCGUGGUCCACUGAGCACCUUAGCCCCUCAGAACUGAUGACAGUCGGACUCUGGAGCAACCAGGACCCCCUUAUUCUGAAAUGCCACCCAUUGACCGCAUGGUGUGUCACAGUUUUCAGUAUCUGGAUGUCUGUGGAGGACCACAUAGGCUAUGACCUGCCAUGGAGUCUCAACCACCUCGUGCCUUUUGGUCUGCUGGGGGGGGCACCGGCUCACGACAUGCACCACCAGAAGCCGAACAGCAACUACGCUCCUUUCUUCAGCCACUGGGACAGACUCUUUGGCACCGCUGUUGCUUUGGAGAAAAAGACUCUGAAAGUUCUGUAA